CACACACACACACACAUACACACACACACACCAAGGAAGCUUUGAAGUAACUGGAUUCAAUGGACGAGAUGCUGCUGCUGACGAGAUUUCUGCUGGUGGUCCUCGUCUCUUCUCUCUUGAUGUCCUCGGGGCUGGCAUGCGGACCUGGCAGGGGAUUUGGGAAGAGGCGGCACCCCAAAAAGCUGACCCCCUUAGCCUACAAGCAGUUUAUCCCCAACGUGGCGGAGAAGACCCUAGGGGCUAGUGGAAGAUACGAAGGGAAGAUCUCCAGAAACUCCGAACGAUUUAAAGAACUCACCCCCAAUUACAAUCCUGACAUUAUAUUUAAGGAUGAAGAAAACACCGGAGCGGACCGGCUGAUGACUCAGAGGUGUAAGGACAAACUGAAUGCCCUGGCUAUCUCUGUCAUGAACCAGUGGCCCGGGGUGAAACUUCGGGUCACUGAGGGCUGGGAUGAGGAUGGUCACCACUCUGAAGAGUCGCUGCACUAUGAGGGCCGGGCAGUGGACAUCACCACCUCAGACCGGGACCGAAGCAAAUAUGGCAUGCUGGCCCGCUUGGCCGUGGAGGCUGGCUUCGACUGGGUCUAUUACGAAUCUAAAGCCCAUAUCCACUGCUCUGUGAAAGCAGAGAACUCAGUGGCCGCCAAGUCGGGCGGCUGCUUCCCGGGCUCGGCCACGGUGCACCUGGAGCAGGGCGGCACGAAGCUGGUGAAGGACCUGAGCCCCGGGGAUCGCGUGCUGGCCGCCGAUGACCAAGGCCGGCUGCUCUACAGCGACUUCUUGGCCUUCUUGGACCGAGAGGACGGCGCCAAGAAGGUGUUCUACGUGAUCGAGACGCGGGAGCCCCGAGAGCGCCUGCUGCUCACCGCCGCCCACCUGCUCUUCGUCGCCCCGCAAAACGACUCGAGUCCAGAGCCGCUGCCUCCGGGGGAGCCGGGGCUGCCGCCGCCGGAGCAGCCGUCGGGCUGGGCCUGGCAGAAGCCACCGCCCGGGGUCGCGGCCGGACGCCAGUCGCUCUUCGCCAGCCGCGUCCGCCCCGGACAGAGGGUCUACGUAGUGGAGGAGCGGGGCGGUGACCGGAGGCUGCUGCCCGCCGCCGUGCACAGCGUGUCCCUGCGCGAAGAGGCCACGGGAGUUUACGCGCCGCUCACCGCGCAGGGCACCAUCCUGAUCAACCGCGUGUUGGCCUCUUGCUACGCCGUCAUCGAGGAGCACAGCUGGGCACACUGGGCGUUCGCCCCCUUCCGACUGGCCCACGCCCUGCUGGCCGUGCUCUCCCCUGCGGGCAGGGACUGGGGCCGGGGCGGCGGCGGCCCCGGCGGGGGCGGGGGCGGCCGUGCCGUCCUCCCCGCAGCCUCGCCAGAUGUGCCGGAUGCUCCAGAUGCUGGGGCCACGACGGCCGGCAUCCACUGGUACUCGCAGCUGCUCUACCAAAUAGGCACCUGGCUGUUGGACAGUGACGCACUGCACCCCCUGGGGAUGGCAGUCAAGUCCAGCUGAAACAGAAGGGGAUCCUGGGCGGAAGGGGGGCGGGAGGGCGAGGGUGGGGGUAACAACAACAAAAAGAAAUUAUGAGAGCACGGAAUGAGACUUUUAAUUAUAAUAAUAAUUAAUAAUAAUAAUGAUGAUAAUAAAGUAGGACAGUCCAAAGUAGACUUUAAGGAAACACAGACCCCGGGGAGUUUUGUUGUUGUGUUUAGUUUUUAUAUAUAUAUUAUAUAUAUUUUAAUUUUGUUGGUUUUUUGUUAUUGUUUUAUUUUUGUUAUUAUUUUUUCCUCCUCUCCUGGCUAUUUAUUUGUUUGGUAUUUGAAUAGAUGUUUUAAAUAAUAUGAACCGGACCUUCAAGAGCCUUAAAUAGUUUUUUUUUCUUUGAUAACUUAUUAUUAUCAUGUGAAUUGUACUCACAGGGGGGAAAGAUUAUUUUGUGAGGCCAAGCAAAACUGCUCAGAGUCUAUUUUUCUACAUGUCCCGCGUGUCCUGACUUUCAGAAAGCAAAAUUCUGUACUUUCCACUCCUCCUUUGCAUCGCUCCUGCUUUCCAGCAAGUGUAAAGUAAGACAUGCUUCGUGGGGGUCCACAAAUUAUAUUUUUGUACGCAGAAUUGUAAAUUAGAUUUUUUGAGAGAUCAAUACUUAACAGAAUUACAUUUUGUUUUUUUUGAAAUAGUGUAAAAUAUGAGAAUAUAUUAUUUUAAUUUAACUAGUUUCCACUGUAACAGCCAUCUCCUGUAUUGUUUUUUGCUUUAAUAUUUGCAUUGUCAGCAUCAUUAUGGCCACAUUCUUGGAAGUCAAGACUGUUACACUUUUUUUUGCAAACUGCAAGAACUUUGUUAUUUUUAACUUCAAAGAAUUUAUUAGAAAAUAAUAUUUUUUAAAAAAGCGCACAUGGUAAUGAGCCCACAAAGAUGGAGCCUGUAGUUUGUACAGAGGGAAAAAAGGAUGUUUUGCAUUAAUAAAUUGAGAAAUAACUACUGUAAAUUUACUAAAAUGUAUUUUUAAAAUAUUUUGUAAUAGUUUUAAUAGUUUUAUAGAAAUAAAAUGUGCCAUGCACAAUCUGGUUAGUAUAUAAUAACUAAGAGUUAUUGUUGCAGCCCUUUUUUUUUUUUCUUUUUGGCUUCUUUGUUUGGGAAACCCGAUACUAAAAGGAAUUCCCGAUAUUCUAUUUAGAUGUGUUGCUUAUACUGUGAAUUCAGAUAAACUUAAGUAGGUAACCAAAUACAUCAAAUCAACUUGUUUAGCCUCCUCUCUAGAGAAACCUCAAUCUGUUGUAUUUAUUUUGUGAAGUUGUUUCUAUACUCCCCAUGGAUGGGUGUUAUAGGGUGGUAGUGACAUGUGUGGAGGGGCAGGGUUUCCUCUUGAUCAAAAAAAAACCUAAUUUGUCAAAGAGGAGUCAACCUCAAAGGGACUUUUAGUGAACUUUCUCCCUUAAUGUCCUAUUCUGUACUAUAUAGUCUGCUCAGUUGGCUCACUUUUUUGGGGCCUACAAGUAGGCCCCAACCUGUCCUUUGGAUGCCAAAAAAUGUCUCAUUGCACUUUCUCUGUCUCUGGGUUUUAGUGAUCCAGUCCCAUCAUUGCUUCUCUAGAUCCUCAAGGCUACACAGCUCCAUCCCUGCAUGGAGAAUGGUCUACUACUAUCUGAUUCUCCCAGCCACUAUCCUUUAGAAAUCUCCCAGGAUCUCUGAACCAGAGGGAGAACAUCCACUUUCUUGAAGAAUUGAUUCUGAAAGGGGUGGGCAUUUUCCCCAAUCUGUUCUGUUUUUUGUAGCAGAUUCAGGAGAUGCUGCUAGUCUUUUCCAGCUUUCUGUUGCAGACUGUUGUAAGCAGUCAACAAUGUCUACAGACCUCCCCAAACUUUCAUGCCUGGAGCAAUGAGGCAGCCCUUUGCUUGGUCUGACUUUGCUUGGUCUGACUUGGCCACUGGCUCCCCAGGACUCAGGUCUAAGGUUCUGCAGAGUAGGCUAGCUUUGAUUCUUUCAUGUUUGCAGAAUCGGACUGUGAAUCGACUUGAGUCUUGGUUAUAGCUCGAUUAGGGGUUUACCUUUGUCUGGUGUGUGUGGCCAAAUCUUUUUGCUUUAGUCCCCAAGUCCUUGGUCAUCUGGUCUGUGACUACAUGGAAUUGGAAACUUGAUUCUACCUUAUAGACAAACCCUUUAUGUUUCUAAUCUUUUUCUUCAGAUUAUCCAUGUUUAACUCAUCUUAUGGAGUUGGCCCAAAUUCCUCAAUUUUCUACUAUCUUUCACCUAAUUCCAUUUGAAAGAUGAGGAUAGUGAAUGGAAAAAGGGUAGAUUCCAAGUUGGAAGCCCUGAAUUCAAAUCCCAGCUCUUUCAGUUAAUAUGAUAUGAUCUUAGAUGUUUCAUCACUUAUAAAAUAAGAGGGUUAGGUUAGGUGACCUGUAAAUCAAUCAUCCUAUGAUAUGAUUUUAUUAAGCAAAGGAUGCCAUUUUUGGUCCUAUGACCAGCACUUGGCCUGUGGGUGAUAUCUGGGGCAUAAUCAUAAUUGACCCAUGCAAUGAAUUAGUGCUAGAAGACUGGGCCUGUGUCUUCCCCUUCUUAUUUUCAUACUGGGCCUUGUGGGAAAGAGACUUUUAUAGUUUGAUAAUAUUCUAUAUAUUAAAAUAUUAUAGGGUUGGGUUAAAGCGAUCAGUGGGAACAGAAGCAUCGGGCUACCCAUCUACAGUAAAGACAGGCUGGGUUGGGGGCUCUAUCUCUAGGAGGGGGACCCUUCCCAGAUUCUGUAAAAUUCUAUUUCCUUCUUGAGAUCAUCAUGUUUUAAAGACAGAGUUUACAAACUUAGGUGGGGCUUCAAGAUUUUAAUUAAUGUGACUUACACUGACUCAGGACUUGGAGGCAAAAGAGCAAAACUGAUCUGUGUGUAUAGAUCCAGCCAGAUGCAAGACUGGCAGAAAUAGGGUUCUCCGCUCCCUUACUCAGUGUGUCUCUGAAGGCUUCAGCAGAACAAUAUCUGAGCACAGAAUUCAGUUGUGCCAUGUGGGCAGCAAACUCUCUUAGCCAGGUGUGUUCUCAUGGUUUGCUUCCCUUAAACACCUUUUAUCUUUUCCCUCCAUCUUUUAACAAUAUCUCUAGAGCUUUAGGCAAUAAAUCACUUUUCUUCAUGGGCAUUGAAAAGACUUAACAGGAAGGAGUCACAUGGCAGAAAAGCUAAAUGAGGGGAAAAGGGGCCACCAUUUGACUUCAACAUGGCACCAUCCUCAAGUUGACUUGAGGUUCUCCAUGUUCAUGGUUGACAAUGGCAAUAGCUUGUAUAAAAUGUAUGCAUAAUGGUUGCUGCCGACCUAGCGAAUGAUUAAAUACAUACCUGUUCUUGUUGAAAAUAUGUAUACGAAUGUACUUGAAGCUAUUACCCUUGUGCUCUGUUGUUUGAAUAAUUAAAGAAAUUAUAGAGA